CCUCACAACUUUCCAAGAGAACUUAAUAAUACAAACUCCUCUACCUCUAGCAUCGAUCUAUUACUCUUCUCCUUUGAAUUUAACUUCUACAAAGCUCCAUGGAGAAGAGUUUCCAAAGGUCUGCUCUCCUUGUGACUUUGUCUCUCUUCUUCUUCUCCAUUCCGGUUUCACUCUCUGUUCCAUUCGUUCUGUUUCACGGGUUUGGAGGUGAAUGCUCCAAUGACAAAGUGAGCAACUUAACACAGUUCCUCAUCAACCACUCCGGCUACCCUGGAACUUGCGUAGAAAUAGGAGAUGGAGUGAAAGAUUCCUUAUUCAUGCCGCUUAGGCAACAAGCCAGCAUAGCUUGUGAGAAAAUUAAACAGAUGCCAGAGCUGAGUGAAGGUUACAACAUAGUGGCAGAGUCUCAAGGAAACUUGGUCGCUAGAGGCCUAAUCGAGUUUUGCGAUAAUGCUCCACCAGUCAUCAACUAUGUCUCCUUAGGAGGACCUCAUGCUGGCGUCGCUGCAAUCCCCGAGGGGUGUGAUUCAGCAUUUUGCAUACUCAUGAAGGCGUUUUUUGCAGUGAUUUACAGCGAUUUUGCUCAAGAUCAUACUGCUCCAAGUGGUUAUGUCAAAAAACCUAUGGAAAUAAAAAAUUAUUUGGAACACUCCAAGUAUCUGCCAAAGCUAAACAACGAGAGACCUGGCGAGAAAAACUCCACUUUUAAAGACCGUUUCACCAGCUUGCAAAACUUGGUUCUCAUCAUGUUCCAGAAUGAUACAAUAUUGGUUCCAAGAGAAACUUCUUGGUUCGGAUAUUACCCGGAUGGAGCUUCAUCUUCAACACCUGUUUUGCCUCCUCAAAAGACAAAGCUAUACACUGAGGAUUGGAUUGGUCUGAAAACCUUGGAUGAUGCUGGAAAAGUGAGGUUUAUUAGUGUCCCUGGCGGACACAUCGAAAUAACGGAAGAAGACCUUGUCAAAUACGUUGUGCCUUACCUCCAGAAUGAGUCUUUGUUCUCUUCUGAACACGAGACAAUAUAGACAUUACAAUCUUUAACCCAUUAAUAAAUUGGCCUCGUCCGAAUCUAAGGGCCUAUAUCAUCAAUGUAACAUCAUCAUCUAUAAGCUUCAUCUCGUAUAAGCUUAAGACUUACCUUUCUCGUGCAUACAAAAAAUCAAUAAAAAUCAUAAGGAAAUUGUGAUCAUGCAGAGUUCUUCAUGUCUUCUGGCCUUGCAGGUGGGGAAAAAAUUGAAGAACUAAUUGAACGAUUUGAGUUUAAUAUUGGUUGAAAUGCUUCUGAAUACAUUACAUGAUUAAUGCAGCAUACUAAUGAUAUAUUCUUGGUUGUGCAUGUGAGUGUGUGUGUUUUUUUUUUUUUUUUUUGCCUAUAGGUCAGAAAGAACCCGAGGCAAAGGCAAAGACAACGGAAACCCUGUUGCUUGAAAAAUAUGACAUUUCAAUUUACUUUUCUUCAUGCUAUUAAUACCAGUUGUGCUUAGAGAGUGGACAUGAGGCUUUUAGACAAAAAGCUAAACAAACAACUCCUCUUGACCCAUCAAACUUAAUGGUUCCAAUUCACAUCUUUGUACAACAAAUACCAGCAAGACCUAGU